CCCCUUUCUCGUGCUCUCUCCCUCUCUCCCUCUCCAAACAAACGGCCCCUUAGAGUUGCUCUGAACCCCAUUCAAUUGGCCAGCCUUCCUUCAACCGUCAUCCAAAUUCCAAACCCAGCAAAACCCAUUUUCAGCACUCUGUAAAUCACCAUUUUCUCUCUUCCCUCUCCACAAAACCCUCCAAAAAACCCCCCACAAUUUCAUUGCCCACAAAAGUAUUCAUCCUUAAUCAAAUCCUUAAAUUCCAUAUACAAAAAAAAUCACCCAAAAUCCAAAACCCCAUCACUAAUUCACUAUGGCAAAACCAACCCCUCUUAUUACUGACCUCUCAAACAUAGACCUGGGCCCAGAAGACUUCAACGCAUCCCUACCCAUCAAGAAGGUCCCAUAUGGGGACGUCUUCGAGGCAUCUCGAGCCGGAGACAUCGAUCGCCUUCGUUAUGUCCUGGAAUCCGGCGUCAAUGUCAAUGCCAGAGACCAGUGGGAUUCAGUUGCUCUUUACUAUGCUUGCUUGGCUGGUCACCUUGAGGCUGCCCGUAUGCUCCUUGAGAAUGGUGCAAUUUGCGAUGAACAUACCUUUGAUGGUGAUCGCUGCCACUAUGCUGCCCUUAAUUUGAAGGUUAGGAAGCUUCUUAAGGCUUUUGAGGCUCGCCCGCCUCCCCUUGGACCGCUUCAGGCCGCUUUGAGGGAGACUUUUCUUGGGUGUUUGGCUAACCGGGUUUAUUUGGAGCUUUCUGAUAGUCAGCUUCAUUUUUCUGGCUCCUCAAUGCUGGAUGGACACAAUUACAGCUACUUCCCUCCAGAUGUUGUAUUUUAUGUGCAUGGUAGGCCCAUAGAAGCUCAUAGAGUAAUUUUAAGUGCUCGGUCCCCAUAUUUUAAAAAGAAGUUUGAGACUGUUUGGAAGGAUCGAAGAGAAGUAAGAUUCUCAAGGGAUAAACUAUCUUACCCUGCUCUCUACAGCCUCCUUCACUUCUUUUACUCUGACCGGCUAGAAGUUGCAGUAGAUGACAUGGAAGAUUUAGUCAGAAUUUGCAAAGUUUGUCACUGUGAAGCAUUGCGGAGAGUAAUUGAGAAAGAACUAAAUCACCAAAAAUUCACAGAAUACAAAGCUUUGAGAGAAGUAGACAGCUCUCAGAGGCGCUUUAUAUUGCAGGGCUCCUCUCUUCCUGAGGAAGACCGCCUUCCUGGUGCUUUACAUCAUAUUCUUCAGCUCUCCUUCACCAAUACCUCUUUGAAACAGGGUUUUGAUGAUAUUGCCAAUGAUUUAGUAGCUUCUGUUGGUAGAUUGCAAAUCCGUGAACAUGCAGAUGAUCUUGCUGAUAUAACUGUUCGAGUUGAUGGACGGGCUUUCCGCUGUCAUCAAGUUGUCCUGGCUUCCAGAUCAGAGUAUUUCAAAACAAGAAUUUCUCGGAUGGAUGAUUUCCUGGAGGUCAAUAAUGACUUGGCUGGUCACCAUGCCCUUCCCUGUCUUGAAGAGCAUGAUUUGAGCCAUGAGGCAUUUGAGAAAAUGAUAGAAUAUAUGUACACUGAUGGUUUGAAAGAUGUGGAACCUGAACAGGCUGAAGAGUUGUUUGAUGCUGCUUCAAGAUAUUUGUUAUUUCCCCUGAAGCGUGCUGUAGCUGAUGCACUACUCUCACACCUAGAAAUGGCUUCUCCUUCAGAAUUAUGCCAUUGGCUUCUAUUAGCAGAUAUGUAUGGUGUCCUUAAGAUUAGGGAGUACUGUUUGGAUGCAAUGGCAUGCAACUUUGAGACAUUUGCCGAUACACGAGAAUUCCGAGCCAUGCUUUUGACCCUUCCUCCACCAUCCGGAGACUCCUCCCUGCGAACCACUGCCCCUAGUGCCCCUGGAGCAGGAGGAAAUAACAACCAAGGUAAUAUUCUUGAUGAUUUGCGAGAGAAGUGGCUUGAGAUUGAGGCUGCUGAAUUGGGUGAAAGAGAUGAAAGUGCCUUUCUUUUUGACAAGCGACUUGAGAUGCUCAUGCAAAUUGCCGAACAAGAACAAGAACAAGAACAAGAACAAGAACAAGAGAUGUCCCAUUCCUUCGACUAGACUAUAGAUUGAUCAAUAAAUAUGGUGUAAUAGAGAAGCUUGUUAUAUUUUUUUUCUUCUUAACAAGCAAUUGUGAAUACAUAAACUGUUGUGUAGUACGUUAAAUUCCAUCUUCGGUAUGUUCAAGGUGCAGUGUGAGUAGUCAUACUAUGGCCUAAGUUAGGCUUUUGUAA